AGAGCAGCCCGUAAAGGGCCAAAAAGCCCAAAGAAGCUUCUUCGUGUUCAUCUCUCUCUCCAAGACGGCAUCUCUCGAACACUGAGCCGGCUCCGUGCCCCAAGGAUUUAGAGGCAGCAUUCACCAAGAAUUGGGAAUUGCAUCAGUGAGGUGAUGGGGUCUGAAGGGCCAAAACCUGUUGUCAUUCAUGUAACUGGAUUCAAGAAAUUUCAAGGGGUUGCUGAGAAUCCAACAGAGACUAUAGUUAGCAAUCUGAGGGAUUUCAUUCAAAAGAGGGGAUUGCCCAAUGGAGUCACCCUUGGGAGCUGCAUUGUUCUUGAAACCGCAGGAGAUGGUGCACUGCCCAUGCUUUACAAGAUCAUGGAAUCAGGCAUCUCAGGAGCUGAUGCUUUGAGCAAUGAACAAGUUGUAUGGCUUCACUUGGGGGUGAAUGGUGGGGCACACAAAUUUGCUAUCGAGCGACAGGCAGUGAAUGAGGCCUCUUUCCGUUGUCCAGAUGAGCUUGGAUGGCAACCUCAGCAACUCCCAAUAGUCCUCGAGGAUGGAGGAACUACCCAGACAAGACAGACUUCUUGCUCUGUUGAAGCAAUCCUGAAGUUCUUGAAGAAGAAGGGCUAUGAUGUGACAACAUCUGAUGAUGCUGGCCGUUUUGUGUGCAAUUAUGUCUAUUAUCACUCUCUCCGGUUUGCAGAACAGAAAGGCCACAAGUCUCUCUUUGUCCACGUUCCUCUCUUUUCUAAGAUCGACAAAGAGACCCAGAUGCAAUUUGCUGCCUCCCUUCUGGAGGCCAUUGCAGCUACAUGCUGAUAGAUGUUGAUGGGAGUGUGAAACUCAAUAUUGAUAGAUGAUGGGAGUGUGAAACUCAUCUUUGGGGUUACAAAUACCGGAUGUAAAUGUACUCUACUUGUGUUAUUAUAAAAUACUAAAACCUUUGGACUUUGAGUUGUUGCCAAUAUUAAGAGGAAAAUGGACAUUCAGCCUAUAUUAAGUCGAAAA